CACAACCCUCAAGCCCUAUUCCUUUGAAAAAACAUGUCUAGAAAUCGUGAGACUCCGUCAGAUUCCAGCGAAGAAGACGACGAAGUCACUUCCGAGGAAGACUCCGACUCCGGAUUGGAACCCCAACAGACUCAAUCCGCGAUGGCGAGGCCACUGUUACGGUUACCGCCCCCUUCUUCUUCUUCUUCACCGGAGGAAUCUGAUACUGAUUUGAUGCAAAGGCCACUAGCGGCGAAGCCAAUGAAAGAGAUUCGACUGAAGCCGGUGGACGAUAGUAACCUUCGUUUCAUGCUGGUGAGAGUAAGCCACGGCAUCAAUUCUUCUGAUGCUGCUGAUGUGGUUACUCCCAAAUGCGAUGUUGAAGAUGCUCGUGCUGCUCUUAGGGAUGCCAAGAAGUCCGAGACAUCGGAUAGGAAGUCUAACCGCUUCCAGAGAAUCUGGAGCAAGGACGACGAGAUUGUCAUAUUGAAGGGGAUGAUCGACUACUUAGCUAAGUAUAAGACAGAUCCAACUCAAGAUAUAGGCAUGUUUCAUUCUUUUAUCAAGGAAGAGCUACAAACUUAUGGUAGCCAAAUGCAACUCCUCGAUAAAAUUAGAAGGAUGAAGAAGAAGUUUGAGAAGAAAAUCAAGAAUGGCAAAGAGAUGACCUUCUCCAAGCCCCACGAGCAGAGUGUUUAUGAUCUAUCUAAAAUGAUUUGGGGGAAUAAAGAGAAGCCGGUCGUGGUGAAUAGUGGUAUGGUGAGGAGAUCGGAUAGAAAGAAGGAGAGUGAAAAGGCGGUGGAGAAGAAGAAGAGGAGGGUGGACUUGAAUUACCCUGGGGCGAUGACCAUGAACGAGAAGUUGUUGAUGGAUGGUGGAGACUUGUUUGAGUCGGGGCAAGGCCUUAAUGGGGAGAAGGAGUGGAAGAAGCUUAGAGUAGAGGAGUUGCAAAAUUACCUUAAGCAGUUGGAGGUAAGAGUAGCUCAAACCAAGCUUAUUUUGGCAGCUAUGGUGAAGCAUUCUUAGUUAGAUGCUCAUUUUAUUUUGCUUAUGAGAUGUUUUGCCUUCUAUUCCCAUUUAUAUUUUGCUAUUGAACUUGUUGGUUUCUAUC